UGUCGUCCGUCGUCAUUACGUCACAAUGUCCCUUCAUGGUCCCACCUCUUUUGCUCCCCGACGUCACUGGCUGGAUAUCUUCAUGCACAGCCAGUGGUGUCAGGACGCAUAUGCCGAAUUCUCACUACAGCGCAGAUGUGCAUACCCCCCUCCAUUUAACCCUGCAGCAGAAAAUAUUGUUCUUCAGGAAUGGCCUCUCUCACUAAAUAGUAAAGUAAAACUCCACAAAUAG